CUUUGCUAUAUUAGCUCUUUAUUAAUUGGAUGUGAGACAGUCUAUGAUCCAUAAACAUUUUAACAGGACUUUCUGCACCUUUACUGGAGGAAUUUCUCUCUUUUGAGACAUUCAAGGGAUUUGAGACCUGCAAAAAUGAUAACCCGUGAUACCAAAAAUGUCCUUGUGGUUUCUUUUGGAUUUUUGCUCUUAUUUACGGCAUAUGGAGGGCUACAAAGUUUACAGAGCAGUCUGAAUGCAGAGGAUGGAAUGGGCGUUAUAUCACUUAGUGUGAUCUAUGGAGCCAUUAUACUGUCCUCGAUGUUUCUGCCUCCCAUAAUGAUCAAAAAUCUGGGCUGCAAAUGGACCAUCGUUAUUUCCAUGGGAUGUUAUGUGGCAUAUUCCUUUGGAAACCUAUCGCCAGGCUGGGCAAGCCUGAUGUCCACCUCGGCCAUUCUGGGUUUUGGAGGUUCACCACUUUGGUCAGCAAAAUGCACUUAUCUCACAAUAAGUGGCAACAUGCAAGGCCAGAAACUCAACAAGAAAAGCCAGGACAUCAUAAACCAGUACUUUGGUGUCUUCUUCUUCAUUUUCCAGACUUCGACAGUGUGGGGCAACCUCAUGUCAUCUCUGAUAUUUGGACAGGACUCUAACAUAGCUGAAAUCCCAGAGGAGAACUUGCAGUACUGUGGAGCGGGGUUAUGCAUUGAGAAUUUUACCACCACUGGAAACACAACCCGUCCAGAAAAACGCCUAGUGGAUAUACUAUUAGGCUGCUACAUUGGUGUGGGGCUUCUGGCCAUAAUAUUUGUUGCUCUGCUUCUGGACAACAUAGACCGCGAUCUGGCCAGAGAAUUUCGGAAAAACAAGGGCAAUGUAUCCUUUUGUAGCACCAUCCUGUCCACCUUUAAACUCAUGAGAAACCCCAAAUUGUUGCUGCUCAUUCCAUUGACCAUAUACAGUGGGUUUGAACAAAGCUUUCUUGCUGGCGAAUAUACAAAGAACUAUGUGACAUGUGCGUUAGGAAUACAUUAUGUUGGCUUUGUCAUGAUCUGCUUCGGUGCUGUAAACUCCUUGUGCUCAUUUGCUUUUGGGAGACUGGCAGCAUACACUGGAAGAAUUCCCCUCUUUUGCUUGGCUGCACUGAUAAAUCUGGGCUGUAUUUUGGGUCUGCUGUACUGGAAGCCUCAUCCAGACCAGCUGCCUGUAUUUUUUGUGUUUUCUGCCCUGUGGGGCAUGGCAGAUGCUGUGUGGCAAACACAAACCAAUGCACUGUAUGGUAUUCUCUUUGCUGAUCACAAAGAAGCUGCAUUUGCCAACUACCGCAUGUGGGAGUCACUUGGUUUUGUAAUAGCCUUCGCUUACAGCACAUACAUCUGCUUGUCUACCAAGAUUUACAUUAUUUUAACUCUUCUGGCCGUAACCAUGGUAACUUACCUAUUUGUCGAGUACAAAGAGUACAAGCAACCAACCGAACAAAUGAUUUACGUGUUUAAUUCAGAGAAGACUGACCUCAAAGAUGAAAAAUAUGUUAAAAUACGUGAAAAUAUGAAUGAAAAAUAUGUUGUUAGCCAGACACAUUUUUAAGUACAUGGUUGAUGUUAUGUUUCUAAUUUGUAUUUCAGCAUGUAGAAUGUAAAUAUUUUAUUUGAAAGACUAUUUUUACAGUAUUUUUGAGUGUUGAGUUAAAUUCCUGUAUUCUGAUGUAGCAAUUACACAUUUUAUUAGCACCGUUUAAUUCGUAAUGUAACUGAAAUGCACUGCAAAAUAACUAGUUAACCUUACAUAAAAAAAGCAUGUAAACCGAUUGCCUUAAUAAAUCUAAGUAAAUGUACUUCUUUUGCAGUAAAUGUACUUAUUUCGUUCUAGGAAUAGUCCACUUUACUUGAGCCAAAGAAGUAUAUUUACUUGAUUUAUUUAAGGCAAUUGGUUUCCUCACUAUUUAAUAAAGUCAACUUAUUACAUUUUACAGUGUGUACUCAAAUAAUGAAAUAUAAUUUUAGUAUAAUAUGCAUUAAAAUGCAAAAUAACUUUACAUAAAAAGCUCUUGAACCACUAUAAUACUGCUGUUUAUUGUGUUUAUAGCACACUCAGAUGUUAAAUGUUCAUGCAUUGUGAAUACUUCAGAUUCAGUGAUACUUUUGGUCUCUGACUUUAACCACUAAAAGUGAUCAUUUAGAACAGCUUAGCUUAGGAGAUCAUAUCAAAUAUGAUCGUAAAUAGUCUUGUAUUAACGAUUUAUGUGUAUAUGGAGCAAAUUAGCAUAAAAUAAUGGCUGAAAAACAUCAUGAUUUUGAAUAA